CUUCACCCGAGCUAAAGAUUAACGCCAAAACAGCAGCCCCUGAAGUAGCCACAAUGCUACUCUGCCACCUCCCCUCCUCUCCUAAACAUGACACACGAAGGAGGGACAACAUGCAGGAUGAGGAGGAGGAGGGGUUGCCUGGACAUCAUCUUGAGGGAAUUGAUACACAAACUGUCUCAGAAGGAGCAAAGGGUGAGCCCAAAAGGCACCCCGAGGUGGAGGUACAGUAGCUGGGUUAUGGUCGCUCCCUGGAGGUGUGAUUAGUUUGAAUCUUCAGCUCUGACAGGCAGACGAACCAGAGGAGGUUUCUACUGGAUGAACUGGACAUGGUGAUGAGCAUGAAGCUGACUGCAUAUAUGGGCCGUUUGCAUGGAGGGUCUGCAUGAUGUUAUUUACAAUACAGUUUAUAAUUAAAAAAGAACAUUUCUCAGCUGAAUUUACAAAGAAAAUUGAGAUUAAAGAAACAAGAAAAGUAAGAAAAGAAACACAACCAAGAGAAAAAACUUAAAGGAUGGAUAAUCAAGACAAAGGUGGAGGUGCAGGAGAAGGAGGAGGAGGGCAGACUAAUGAAAAACACAAAGCUGAGGAGGUUGGUGAUGAAGAAAAAUGGACCAAAGACAAGAACAACAAACUAGAGAAGGAAAUCAGUGGGAAGGAGCCGAGCAAAGUGGCCAAGAAGGAGAAACGUCAGUGGAGGAGCGGCUGGGCUCUUACCGAACGCCUGGCCAUCAACGUGUCAGGGAUGCGUUAUGAGACCCAGCUCCGCACCCUUGCCCAGUUUCCAGACUCAAUGCUGGGUGACCCUCGACGUCGCGUUCGCUACUUUGACCCCCUUCGGAAUGAAAUCUUCCUGGACAGGAGCCGCGUCUGCUUUGACGCCAUUCUGUACUUCUACCAAUCAGGCGGGAGACUGCGGAGGCCCGCCAACGUCCCACUGGACAUGUUCCUGGAAGAGCUGCGCUUCUAUGAGCUCGGAGAGGAUAUAAUCGAACGCUACAAAGCAGAUGAAGGGUUCCCCAAGGAGGAAGAGAGGCCGUUACCCACCAAUGACUUGCAGCGUCGCCUCUGGAUGCUGUUUGAGUAUCCAGAGUCCUCCAGCGGAGCUCGCAUCAUCGCUAUCAUCAGUGUGAUGGUCAUUGUGAUCUCCAUUCUCAUCUUCUGCCUGGAAACACUACCUGAGUUCAGGAACGAGAAAGAAAAGAGGGAGCAAUUCACCACCAUAGCUCACCCAACCAUAGCGAACGAGACCAUCUUGAUCCCACCUGGCUUCACCCCCUUCCAGGACCCAUUCUUCAUCGUAGAGACGAUCUGCAUCAUCUGGUUUUCCUUUGAACUCAUUGUGCGCUUGCUCUGUGCUCCGAGCAAAGUGCACUUCUUCAAGGACGUCAUGAACACCAUUGACUUCUUCGCCAUCAUUCCCUAUUUCGUCACCCUGGGUACGGAGCUGACCAAGGACAAAGAUGCGCAACCCUCCGUGUCCCUUGCCCUCAUCAGAGUCAUAAGGCUGGUGAGGGUCUUCAGGAUCUUCAAACUCUCUCGUCACUCAAAGGGCCUCCAGAUCUUGGGUCAGACACUAAAGGCUAGCCUCAGAGAGCUCGCCCUGCUCAUCUUCUUCCUCUUCAUCGGAGUCAUACUCUUUUCUAGUGCCGUCUACUUUGCAGAGGUGGACAGUCCUGACACAUCGUUCACCAGCAUCCCUGAGGCGUUCUGGUGGGCUGUGGUAUCAAUGACAACAGUCGGCUACGGGGACAUGUACCCAGAGACAGUCGGGGGUAAACUGGUGGGCUCCAUGUGCGCCAUCGCCGGAGUGCUCACCAUAUCUUUGCCAGUCCCGGUCAUCGUGUCCAACUUCAGCUAUUUCUACCACCGUGGGAAUGAGUGUGAGGACACAACCGAGUACAACCAUGUCCCCACGUCCGUGUGGGAGGGAGAGGACGGUGAAGAGAGAGAAGACGAGGAAGGAUUGGAAGAAGAGAAAGAACACAAAGGAGAUUAUGCACCAUUGUAUGGGCAGGACUGCAGGGCUAUCUGCCCCCCGCACAAUGGGACUCUCCUGGCAGGGCUUUGUGACGGACAGCAAGCUGGUGAACGCAGAGGGUUUAACUUCUACCUCAAAGAACCUCUGGUCACUCAGGUUUGAACGCGAGAACAUUUUACACUGCUUCACAUACAGAAAAGGAGAGUAUCAAGAUGUAAAAAUACCGGCAGAGAUAGAGGGGAAACACAUAACAUGUACACAAGGACUUGUACUGAUAAAAGCUGAAUUUGUUACAUUUGAGGCUUCUGUGUGAUUAUAUUAUCGAUUGAGAUAAAUGAUUGAUAAACACUAGGCAUCUGUUUUUCUUAAUAAAUAAAUGAGUUAAUCUUCUUAAGACCCUCGAGGUUGUUUGACAAAACGUACCUUUAAAGACAAUGUUAAGACUCUUUAAAUAGCUAUUUUACCAACUGAUAAGAAAAACUAAAUAAUUCAUGACAUUCUCCGCAAUUUUGUUUGUUUUAGGCAGGAAAUAUAAUUUAGAGAAACAUGUUGCAGAGACAGACAACACUUAUUAUGUUAUAUUACACAAUAUAUGUUUUACAAUCCCUGUUUAUUGAUGUCACUGUUGUGCUAUACUGCAAUGCCAUGAACUGCUGCUGUGCACACUUUAAUCGAUUAAUGUGCAGUAAGGGUUACAGGUGCUUGCCAGAGUUAUGGUAGAAAUGCAACACAAUAAUCUUGUGCUGAUGUCGACAACAAAGAAAUCGCUCAUCAUGGAGGUGGUGGUGACAGAGUUCAUGUAGUUGGUAUGAAGUCAGUUUGUAUGUUACAUUCAGCAGUGUAAUGCAUACAGCCACGAGACAUGUGGAAAACUGAUAUCAGGUCAGCUGACACUUCUAAGUAACACUGUACUCUGAUGGUAUGGGGGAUAGUGAUAGUACUCACAGAUAGUUUUACAGCUUGGUAUUUACAUCAAUGAGAACAAAAUUGCCUCAGUUAACUCUCUCUCUUACACUAUGCAAUGUGUACAGGUUCUUGAAAGUUAUUUAUAAUGUCAAAAAGUCACCAUCUGUACAUUUAGAAAUUGGCAGUUGAAAUCAGCUGAUUCACAAUCAUGUAUUAAUUCAUCAGCUGACUUUUAACUCCAAAUCACAUUCAUGCUGACAUAACACUCCUGACACCUCUCGGUUAUUUUUAUACCUUUCUGCCAACUCGCUACACCACACCUAUCUCUUCCUUAUGUGUUAAGUUUUCAUAUUUUGAAUUUAAUUUAGAAACAUUAUUAAUUUAUGUAUGAAUCAGCAAGGGGUUGGUUGUUCCAUCAGAGUUCACGUUUGCUCCUGAGAGAGCUCCAAAUACACAGCAGAGCCUACUUAAAAAGAUAUAUAUAACUGGGUAAAUAUUUGUUAUAAAAUCAAAUCCAUGAUGUGUGUGCCUCUAGUGGGAAGAGACCAGUUCAGAUCAGUGAUUUGUAGUAAUCCUCCUUUGGGCAUCCAUCUGUAGGCACACUUUGCUCCUAACCGUGGCUGAAGGCAUGCAAUACAGUAUAUACCAAGUGGACUGGUGUUCGGCAAUAAUCCUUAUGCCAUUAUGUUCAUCAGUUGGAUGAAUGAUAAUGUGGAUAAACAAGCAGAGACAUUUUUAUUUUGGAAGAUUUUGAUACUUUUCUCUCUGAAUUCUGUGUGUUUAUUACCUUUAACUAAAGAAUUGCUAUUGCCGCCAAAAACAAAACAAUGAAAGGAGAUACAUGUUUUUUUUUUAAUCAUGUUGUAUAGAGUUUUACCUUAAAAUGCCAAAGUAGUUAUAUAACCCAUUUUAUAAGUGAUUUUUACUGUGUGGAUGUGGUGUGACCUGCAUAUAUUUUGAGGACAGAUGUGGCCGAGUAUGUAUAUAUUGGAUGUCUAACUUUAUUUAAUAAAGACCAUAUUUUAUUCA